CUGCCCGGGCUGUCAGUCAGAGGGAGGCGCUUACCCCUUCGCUCCUACAGUAAAUAUUUGUGUUUGCUCAGCCGGCUGUAAUGGUGGACGACUGAGAAAGGAAAGGGGAGAAAUAUAAUCGGAAGAAUUGAAUCCCAGACCAAACACUACCGUCCGCGGCUCGGAAAUACACUCCGGCGAACAUGGAUGAACUAAAACAUCAAGUGAUGAUAAACCAGUUCGUCCUGACAGCUGGAUGCGCCGCAGAUCAGGCCAAACAGCUUCUGCAAGCGGCACACUGGCAGUUUGAGACAGCCCUCAGUGCCUUUUUUCAAGAGACUAAUAUCCCAUACGGUCAUCAUCAUCAGAUGAUGUGUACACCAGCAAACACGCCGGCGACUCCACCUAACUUCCCUGAUGCUCUCACCAUGUUCUCCCGCCUCAAGGCAUCAGAAAGCUUCAGCAGCAGCAGCAGCCCCAGUAUGGGGUCUAUGGCCACCUCUCCCCCUCCACCCCCGGUCAGCUGGGGCAUGACUCCACCCGUGGCCAGCCAGCAGGGAUUUGGACUCAGGGCCCUCCUGGCACACAGGCCCACCCUCCCCCGGGCUGGCCGUCCACCGUCAACCAGCAAGCAGCCGCUGAACAGAAGGCCAGCGUGGCCAUGGAGGCCGAGAGAUGAGGAGUAGGACUACACGGCCCCUCUCCCCACUCUCACUGGGGUGGUAGAAAAAAGAGGAGUGAGGCGAAAGGUGGGGCCCCCACCCCACGCCAGCCCACCCCACCCCACGCCACACCACCUCACCCCAAUGAUCCUUAAGUUCAGGCUUGAGUCUGACAGUGAAGCAAGAAGAAUGAUGACGCUUGUGGUACAUGAGGAGGACCAAAUGGAGAUGGACUCCACGGAGAUGUGGUACAUCAUGACUAGAAAACAGCAGCUCCAGGCUCGGCGUGCUCUCCUCCUGGGGCUGCAGGAGUUCCUGAAAAAAAACAAUUUCAGUGAAGGAAAUUUCAACCAGAAAGAGGACCAAGGACUGUGUGAGCUGGCACAAAUAGAAAAAGAGCUACAGAGCCUGUCUGAAAGAGAAGGGGAGCUGAGGAAUGGGAUGAGUUUACAGGAAAAACAAUCUACCGUUCCAGAAAUUACAGAGGACUCGUUUGCCACUGGCCAGAGCCCACCUGAGGAAGAGCUGAACUCCACUACACCUGCACCAGAGGUGGUAGAGGUGAAGGACUUGUCCUUUUCUCCAGCCACGGUGCACUGUCCCAACUGCCAGCAGCAUGUUACCACCGAGAUUCAACGCAAAGUGGGCAAAACUUCCUUUCUCCUCUGCUAUCUGUCUGCAUUGCUGGGCUGUGUAGGUGGAUGCUGUCUGUUGCCCUUCUUUCUGAACUACUUUAAAGAUACCUGCCACUAUUGUCCCUCCUGUCACACUGAAAUCCAAAACGUCCCACGGAUCUAAACAGUCCGCUGGAAUUCCAACUGUUUCCAAAAGGACCGACCUGUAAGAAAGAGAAACUGUUUUAUGAUGCAGGACUUGUGGACUCACUGAAGCUUUUUUUUAACUCUACAGAUCGACAAUAAACACUAGAGAUUAAUUCACCGUUGCAUAUUUGAUAUCACAGAAUAUUGCAUUUCCAAACAAGAAAUAUAUUAUCAUUUAUAUUAUAGCUCAGUAUUAUUGAUGUGUUUUGAAAUAUUGUGAAAAUCCAAAAUAAAAAAGAUUUUACUUGCUGAUUCAUUUUGUGGGAACGUCUAACUAGAGACUGUAUUAUUAGAUCAGUAGGUUGAACAAUGUAAUAUUAAUAAAAAGGUUCUUCUAACAUCCUCCAAGCAUAGACAGUGUGUGUAUAUCAAGUGUUAUACCAGAUGUUAAGGUAUGUUUUGUGUACUCACCCAAAUUCUGUACAGGAUAUAUUGAUGACAGGAAAGGCAAAUGUUGGUUGGUUAAUCAAUGAUUAAUUCACACCAAUAUAUUGUGUAUGCAGCCAUCACCAUCUCUGUAAACAUGUCCUCACAUCCAGAACAAUUAGGAUUAGCCUAAACUACCAAACUCCUUAUGUGAAUACUGGAGAAUAUGAAACUUUCACACUUUUGUUCCAAGCUGUAAAUAGAUACGUGUUAAAUAAAACAAAUAAAACCCACAGAAA